AUGUACCGCAAGGGGGCCAGCCGCGUCCAGCAUCGAGACACGAAUUCGGGCGCCGAGACGGGCGGGACCCCUCCCCCAGUUCCCUCGCCCACUAAGUCCCCCCAAAAGAGGCGCGUGGUGGACUUCUGUCGCACCGGUGAACUUUCUGGGGAGGAAGUGCACGAUCCUGUUCUUGUCAGUGUACACAUAAUUGCAGACUCAGGAGAAUCCGGUGCUCUGCAGCAUACCAUCAAUAACCUGCUGGCAUGGAUCUACCCAGAUCUGCAACUCUUCCAGGUUUCAGAAAGGCGGGUACCAAAGAAGCUUAGGAACCCUGGCAAGGCUGCAGCAUCUCAGCCAGCCCUUGCUGUAAUUCUCUUUCUGCAAGAAGACUACGAUGAAGAGCCAGUCUUACAGCUUCAUGAGGCCUUCCAGAGGGCACCCUGGCAUUACCACCACACAGAGCAAGUAUGGGGAAACUUCCUCCCUUACAUGCCAGGCAGCCAGGACUUUUUCACCUUGGCACAGGGCACUCUGUUGUGGGCCAUCCGUCCAGUGCAUUAUGGAAAAGAAAUAAUACGCUUCACCAUCUACUGCUGGAAUGAAACCUUUGCCAGCAUGGUGAAAUUCUACGAGCUAAUUCUGAAGAGACGGGUUUGUCAGACAAAGGCAGACUUCUGUGUGUUUCCUCUCUAUUCCAAUAUGGACAUCGAUAUUCAGCUCUCUUUAAAGAAACUCCCAAGGGGCCAAGUCCCAAGUCCCACAGAGUCGGCGGUGCUGGAGUUCCGAGUGAAAGAUAUUGGGCAACUUGUCCCUGUCCUUCCCAAUCCCUGCAGCCUGAUCAGUGAGGGAAGAUGGCAAACUGAAGAUCCUGACGGCAAUAAGAUCCUUUUGCAGCAUCUCCAAAUCUUGCAUGCUUUUCAACAUCAGUCCCAAAGGAAAUAAGAGGGGGAAAGGGGCUAAAAUUCCUGCAUUGUUCAAGUAUUAAUACAAACCACAGAUAGGAUCAAAAGAAGCAAAGGAGCCCCAUGUUUGGUGGAAUCCUUAGGCCAGUUACCAGGAUAGGAAGAAUGACAAGAGAGAUGUGUGAACAGAAACUCUGAAGGUGCUGAAGCUCUGUGCCCUUGAUGGCCUAAGGAAUCGUUUCUGACAGUACUGGGUUACUGUGAUGAAGAGAAGAUCAUGAAUGCAAAGAAGUUAGGCAGCCAAGCUCAAGACAGAAAACAGAUGCCUCAUGGAGAUGUUUUACUACUAUUCUAGUUGAUGGCCAAUCUUCUUCUGUCAUAUUUUCUGGGAUUUAGAAGCAAAGGGUUACCCAUCUGCACAUGGACACAUGGAAUUCGCAUCUUGAUCAUAAUUUCAUUCUCACACUCCUGUGAAGUACUGCCAAGAAAGCCACACCUAUAAAGGAAGUUGUUCUUUAACACUGAAUCUGGUUUAGAAUGCAUCUACUAUCACAAUUUUAUGCAAAAGUUCAAAACAAAUUAUUCAUUCACCAGACAAGCAGCUUCUGGGCACAUUUUUAAAUGUUUUGAUUGCAUUUACAUAUCAUUUUGUUCCUGUAGAACUCAGACUGGUGUUCUGAAUAUUGAACAGAUCCAGACCUGCUUGGCUUCAGCAAUGUUGCAGACUUCAAACUAUGCCCUGGGACCUAGGCUUCUUUUCUCCUAGAGCCAAGUGGGCAGCAAGUGGUUGUCUAGAUGUUCUAGAUACCAAUUCCCAGCAUUCUUGACUGUUGUCCAUGCUGGCAGGGACUCCUGGGAGCUGAAGUCCAAAAUGUCUGGAUACCUAUCUUCCUGUUGUGGAGCAAUCUUUCCCAACCUGAUGCCCUCCAGAUGUUUUGCAUAACAACUCCCAACAUGCCUGACCACUCACCAUAUUGGCUAGUGCAGAUGAGAGCUGAAGUCCAAAACUUUUAAAAGGCACUAGAUUGGGUAAGGCUGCUCUAGAGGUCAGUGAGGGGAAAGGGAGAGAGUGGGCCAUUCAGACUGCCAGGCCUUCCCACCAUGCUCUUGUCCCCAGUGCAAAUCUGUCAAAUGUUUCCAGAUUUUGAAGGUCCUGAAUCCUAUUUCGGUCCUGAACUGGAAGCAACAUUACUUAUCUGCAGUUCUCCCAUUUUACAGAGCUUUGUCAAUGUAUACCACACAUCCCUCUGCCUGCCUCCCCUUUUCUUUUUCUGUAAAAAAAACCGGGCUGG